GGGGUCGGGCGGGAGAGCGGGGGUCGAAAUCGGGGAAGGCAAAUUGGCGAGUCUCCUGAGGAAGUGCAUCUAGGCCGUGCUUGGUUUCUGACGUUCACCUCCUAUCCUGCUCCCGGCUCUGUUAUAUUCUUCGCCUCGUCGGUCUCGCUUUGCGAGGAGCCCACCUCUCCUUCUUUCAUCUUCUCGUUCACCUCCGUGUCGCCUUUCGAGUCUAACAGCUCUCCCCUGACGGAUACCACUUUGUCCAUACCCGAAUCUUACCCCAUACCCUCGCUGUCUCCUUAACACCCAUUCCUACACGUUCCAUACCUGUACUUCUCGCGCACUACCCUCAGUUCAAGGACAAGCAACUAUGGAAAUCUACACCACAUCUUUUACUUAUCCUCGUCGCUCACGACUCACUCAUUCCCCCGCUUCGUCUCUCGACUUCUCAUCCCCGCCUGACCUCCGUCAUCAGGAUUCUUACUCUUCGCUUCAUCAGCAACAUGUCAAUAGUACUCUUCCCGGUUCUCAGGGGACUGCGUCUCCCUCCGACUAUGAAGCCGUUCAGAAGAUGGCCAUGAUGAUCAUGGCUAUCCAUGGCGUUCAUAUUACUUUUGCUCCCGCCGACCAAGGCAGGGCCUGGAAUUUUCAGAUUUCUGGUGCUUACCAACAAGUCAUGCUUGCUCGAGGCAUGAUUUUCAAGGAUUGUCCAAUUCAAAAUCGUGCGGUCAUUAGGGUAGCGCGAUCCGAUAUUCUAGACACACCCUCGUCCAAACCGAGUUUGAAACCCGAGAUCCGCCGCCGUUUGGAUGACAUAGCUUCGCAGACGUUUGCUCAUAUCGCGGUCGUGAACAGUCCUUUGUCUCUUUCGACUCGCUCUUUGCCGGACGGUAUCAGUAGCAGUGCAGGGUGGUCAGGUUUGGAGACUGAACGAGUUUGUGAGCUUGUCAUCACUGGUCAGGGUGAUUCAGUAGAGUUGGCUAGAGUGCGUUUGCUGGUCAUGCUUGAUGAGCUGAGCGGCUUACAUGCGGAGUGUUGCGAAAUUGACCAAAAACUGCACCCUCUAAUUGCUGGUAGAAAGCGGGGCGUCUUGCAAUCCAUCCAAGAAGAGACCGGAACCAAUAUUUACUUCCCUUCGCCUCUGCAAGGCCUUGUAGGUCCCGAAAUCGGAGCUGCUGCAACCCCUGGGGGACAGAACAAGCUGAACCAGAAUGUGAUCUGGAUCACCGGCGAGUUCUUUGGUGUUCAAAGGGCUCGCGACAUGUUGUUCCAAGUUUCUAUGACUAAGAGCAAGCAAGUGAUUUCACGAGACGCCGCGAUCCUACCUCGCAAACUAGACUGGAUGGUCACAGAGCGUGCCGAAGAUCUCAAGACUCUCAUGCAUGACAAUGCCACGUUCAUUCAAUUGCCUCCUAUCGGUAGUUCCACCAGUUUAAUCACUGUGUUCGGCGAACACAGGGUCAAUGUUCAAAGGACCGUUCGGUCUAUCAUGCAAUUGGCUUGCCACUAUUAUGUAGCCUCACUCUGGUUGCUUCCUGCUCAAUUCAACGUUCUUAUGCCUUCGACGACGCUCAAUCCCAGUCAAGUCUCCGCUAUCCUAAAACAGGUUUCUUAUGCUACCGGUGCCGAGGUUGUAUUCAAAGGCAUGUGCUUCGAGAUGCACGGACUUGAGCAUGAGGUCCGCGCCGCGAUCGUCAUGCUUCUCGAUCUCGACAUAGUAAAGAGCUUCCAUCAUGAAAUCCGCUUCCAAAUCGAGCUUGCAAACGAACAUCGCGAGUUUAUCAGUGGAAAGAAGAACGGAAAGAUCAACAAGAUCAUGCAGACCACCAAUGUCAAAAUCAAGUUCGAGACUUUCAACGAACACAACUUCUUGAUCGACAUCGCCGGAAAUGACGCUUCUGUUCUGCAAGGUCUGACUCUGCUCCAGGAGGAGUUGCCUGCCGAGAUCUCUUUCCAUGUCCCCGAAGCUUACCACAAGCGUAUCAUUGGCGUGGGCGGUCGUAGCAUCCAACGUAUCAUGAAGAAGUAUGGUGUCUAUGUCAAGUUCUCUAAUGCGGAAGAGUUCGCUGCUAUGGGUGGAUACAACGACAACGAAGACAACGUCAUUGCAAGGACCCCCGCAAAGAACGCCAUGAACUUGGAGAACCUCAAGCAGUCUGUAAUGGAACUCGUGAACCCGAAGGACAAGGAUUAUAUCAAUGAGACAGUGUCUAUUCCACGCAAGUAUCAUCGGACACUUCUCGGCGAGAAGAGCAUCUUCAUCCACGAUAUUGAGGCGAAGACUAACUCGAAAGUUCGCUUCCCCGAUAAGGAGACCGCCUCAGAUAUGGUGACGGUCUUCGGUCCUGAGAGUCAAGUACAGAUCGCUGCCACGAUGCUCUUGGAGCAUGUUCCUUUCGAGGCUGAGAUGUCUGUUCCACCACAUCCCGAGCUUGCACGGAUUGUUACAUCUCCUGAUUUCGUCCAAUUCGCCGAGCGUGUCAAGCGUGACUUCCAAGUAGUCAUCUCACCUAACAUCAGGCCUGGCACGGCCAACGGUGCUUCUGCCGAGUCAAACAUGGAAUGUUCAUUCAAAUUCAGGUGUCAGCGUAGCAACAGCGACUUCCUUGUGACUGCACGAGAGAUGCUUGAACAGUUCUUGCUCAGCCACAACGUCCAUGUGUACCCAUCGGCAACAUCGAGAGGACAUAAACGGGGUGAUUCAUUCGCGGACGCUUUCCCUCACUUCGAUAGCAAGGUGCUUUCCACUGCCAGGACACGUCAUCAGAGUACACUCGGCAGAUCUUGGACGACCGUCCGAGUCUAUGAUUGACAGACGUCUCAGGCUCGCCAGCUCCUCACCAGACGUCAAGGCGCUCUUCAACAACUCUCCUUCAUAUAUUUACCACGUCGAAGAGGAAGAAGACUACGAAUCGACCUAUGUUCCCAGUUCGUCUAGCGACUAUUGGACUCCUCUCCCUCCUAUCGGCUCUGGCAUACCUGCUCGAUCACGACAGUCGGAUGACAAUCUGAAGCGUGGCUCCGACUCGCUGCUCGAGGCCAAGUUGAAGGACUCCCUGAGCAAGCCACGUUCGCUCACCAACCGUGCACAGUCGCUCGACCUCACCUUCUCUCUGUCUCGCAUCACAGAGGCAGCUGGGACAAGAUCAGGGCUCUCUCGUCCCGAAUCUCCGGCGAAUUCGGUCGGUGAGACUGGAAACUCGAGUCCAACGGCGCCAUCAUUCCCUAGUGUGUAUGGUCCCCCCAGGGCUGCCCGUUCUCCUGUCGUCGGCACGCAGAACAGUCAUGGGUACUCUCGCUCCAGCACUGUCAUGGAUGACGAAUCGGUGGAAGAGGUUUCACGGGUCAUCUCCAAUCUUGGACUGUGAGGUUCAACGUUCGCAAUUCAAAGCAUGGCCGGACUCUCCUCGACGACCAGAAUUCUUCGUUACGUGUAUAUCAAAAGGGUGAAAUUGUUUCGCACCCAUUUUAUUAUACGGACACUCCCUAUCCGCUCGCCUUGGCGGAAGUUCCCUCCCUCUUGCUUCGUUCUUCCCCCAAGUCAAUCCUCUUUAUACUUAUCGAGAGCCUGGUACUCGCGUUCUAACACAAUUGCUUCGUUAUUCUUUAUCUUAGAAAUUGUCCAUUCGACCCCUUACUUCAAUCAUGACUUCCCAACCAACAUCGUGUAUGAUCUGGCAUAUCUAGCUCGUCCCCGCUGUCCUGUGUUUUGUGUCGAAAGCAGCGUUUUCCCUCUAUCCCAUCUUGCUCUUAUCUCUUUUUUAUUCGUUUGGCUCAUCGUAGGCACUCGUAUAUAUGUAACAUAUAUCUGCUAAAAGAUACUCCUACUCAUCCUAACGUAGUGGGCUGGUCAAUAUAUAUUGUUACGCUACUCCCAG